CUUCACAUUGGCGCAUACGAUUUACCUGGGGUACCAAUUGACCGUAUUCGUGAAUUACAACGCCAAGAUGCUGAACUCUCCGAUCUCAUCACCUUAUUGGAAACCGAUGCACUUCCAUCUAACAACAAAAGAGCUCGCUCGUUCGUACUUUAUGGCGACAAAUUUUACCUGGAUGACAAUGGUUUGCUAUUCUCCCUUUGGACACCCAGUAAACGUACCCAACGUGACGUAUGCUCACAACUUGCAAUUCCAGACGCUUUAAAGCAUGAAGUUUUGGUUUGGGCUCACGAUGAUGUUACCGCUGGUCAUCUUGGUACGCAGAAGACAUAUGGGAAAAUCCGCACUCGUUACUACUGGCGUAAUAUGUUCCGGGAUAUUGACAGAUGGUGCAAAAGCUGCGUCGAUUGUGCAAUGAAGAAAUCGCCUCGUAACAGACAUAACGCUCCUCUUUUGCCAAUUCCAGUAGAAAACGCUUUCGAUCGCCUUGCAGUUGACUGUUUGGGACCAUUCCCACUUUCAACUGCUGGAAAUCGUUAUGUCGUUGUCUUUACAGAAUACCUCACUCGCUGGCCAGAGGUGUUCGCCGUCCCUACUACAGAUGCUCCAACCAUUGCUCGUCUCCUAGUUAACCAUAUCGUCCUUACACAUGGCGCUCCUCGAACUUUAUUAUCGGAUCGCGGAACUAACUUCCUAUCAUCACUUGUUAGAUCGGUCUGUGAACUUCUCAACACCAAGAAAGUGAAUACAACAGCGUACCAUCCACAAACAGACGGUCUUGUUGAAAGAUUCAACCACACACUUUGUCAAUCCGUGUCAAUGUAUGUCAGUCGUGAUCAAAAAGACUGGGACACCCAUCUACCAGCGAUACUCUUUGGUUUUCGCGUUAGUCCCCAGGAGACCACCGGAGAUAGUCCAUUCUAUUUACUUUACGGACGUGAGCCAAGACUCCCCAUCGAUGUUCUCUUCUUCCUCCGUCCAACGUCACAAAGUCUGUCAAGGAACACAGAGCGCGAAUAG